AUGUUCUCCACAUCGGGGGCGGAUUAUUUAAAAACAGAGAAGAUCUCGUCUCGCUCGCACGAAGCGCAACCUGAGCUCUUCAUCUUCAAAGAGCUGUGCGCGCUGAAAGAUGAUCCGGGGCCGUGCAAGGCCCUGAAGGACAGAUUCUUCUUCAACGUAAACACGGGACAAUGCGAGCAAUUCGAGUAUGGAGGCUGUGGGGGGAAUGAAAACAACUUCGAGACCUUGGAGAAGUGUGAGGAAACCUGUGUCGUCUCAGAUGACAAAAACCCGUGCCAUUUACCGGAGGCCCCCGGCCCCUGUCGAGGACUGGUGACGCGCUACUUCUUUGACAGCAAAAGUCAGCAGUGCAAGCAUUUCUUCUAUGGCGGCUGCUUUGGAAAUGCCAACAACUUCAAGAGAAUGGCUGAUUGCCAAGUGAAAUGUCAAAAUCCAGUGAAACCUACCAUGGUAGUAGAGGUCCACACACAACCUGCCGAUGAACCAAACGAUGUGCAGCCAACUGUUUUAACAGAGAACCCCCCGGCAAGCGAACCUCUGGUCCAACUGAACAGCUCUAGACAAGAGAGACAUGAGAGAAUUGAUAUUUGCCUAAGCCCGGUGGACAGAGGCACGUGUGACGGAGCGGUGAAGAGAUUUGCGUACAACCCGGAAACCCGGCGGUGCCAGCUCUUUUACUACAGCGGCUGCGGAGGAAACAACAACCGAUUCCUGUACCGCAAACACUGUGUUCACAAGUGCAUUAAAAGCAGAAAGGGUCACGGCAAUGGCAUGAUCCGAAUAAGGAAGAAAAAUCUAGAAAGCAUUGCGACUCGAUCAGUCUGAACACUUGGCUCUGCACCAGGUUCUUGCAUUACUACUGUGCACUCACCUGUAUUUAUGCAUUCGUUGUAUUUUUGGCUUUACUUGUAUCUCUUGUUCCAUAGCGCUGUGGUAUUUUGUAAAUCAUCUUUUUUCUUCGCGCAACCCUUUGUAAAUUUUGUUCAUUUCCUUUCUCUGCUCGCCAGACUUGUCCAGAGGUGUCAGUUUGAUCCAGUAAACAUUCUACUCCAAAAAAAUAUUGAUCCAUCAGGCUCCUUUGGGGUCGCACUGUGCAUCACUUGGUGUUUUAUAAGUAAUUCAGAAAUCUGGAGAAGGGAACAGAACUGAGAUAAUGAACUGAGAUAUUAUUGGUUGGAAAAAAGGACAUUACCAGUAACCAAAAACCAAAUAUUUUCUCAGUUAUAAAUUUUUAUAUUUAAAUAAAAACAUAUUUAUAGACGUCCCUGCAUGUUCCAAUGAAAAGUAACGCAUCAGUAGCCUAAAAAAAUGAAUAUUUUCAAUUAUAUCUCAACAGCAAAUCACUUGAAACAAAUCCUCUGAGGCUAAAGAUGUUGAAGAAGAUGAAAAUUAUCCUUCAUAGUUAGAUAGAACUGGUUAUUAUUCAAGAUGUAGAUUUAUCAUAUGAAAUCAUUCAAUCAUUUAUUUACAAAUCGCUAAACAUUUUUAGCGCAUUAUUUCAUCUUCACUUUCUGUAGAACUUAUAUGUAAAUUUAAAGCAAACACAGCCAAGAGGGUCAGUUUGUUCCAUAAAGUCAUGCAUGGGUACAAUCCUCAUUUCUGAAUCUCAAUAUACCCAUUUCCAGAAGUCACCAUUAUUAAAUGAUGGAUCUAAGUCGUGCACAACUACAUGACCAUAAAAGCAACAACAGAAGAAGACCAAAGGGGAUCUGCUGUGAAAAAAAGGGGGUGGAAAUCAACCAAAAUGGAUCAUAUAUUGACUUUGUAUCUCAAUCAUAGACUUGCAAAAAGAAAAGAAACACGGCACAUGCACAUUUUGUCUCAAACACAAGGUUUGACAAGCCCUUAUUAUGAUAGAGACAUUAAAACACAGGUUUCGCCUGUUUCAACACUUGUGAAAAAUUUGUUUUACUCAUAUUAAGUGUUAUAAUGACUUGAUCAUUCUGAGUAUUGUUUUGACAAAGACAAAUUUGUUUUAUUCCAAACACUGAAUUGUCCGUACAAAUAAUUGUUGGUCCUUUCAGAGCAGCUUUAAAAUAAACCUUGUUUCUUAUUCAUUAAUAUCAUAAAUGCCUAUACUUAUACGAUAUACAAUAAAGGAUCAUUUUCUAUAAACGCUUGGGUAAAACUCUACUGUAUGAAUACAUAGCUCUUUUUGUGAGUGACAUUUUUUUAUGUUAUAAAAGUGACCAAAACCUACUUUUGAUCAAUGACUCGUUUUAAUGUUGCUGUCUUGAUUCAAGAUGAACACAAGGGGGGGGUGUUGCAUAAAGGAAGCAAGUCAGCAUUUGGGUAUAUAGCAUUUUGUUUUAAUGAAGCAUUGUAUUAGCAUGAUUGUAAGUAUUGAAAUGUAAGAGUGCUACAUAAUAAAGUUAUACUAUCUCAUUUUA